GCUCGUCCGCUUCUGGCCCCCGGUGCUGUACUGAGUCCGCGGGCUGUUCGUGUGGUGGGGGUGUUGGCGGCGAGUGAGGACCUUAUGGCCAUGAACGAGGUACGGCUGGAUUGGAUGGCUGAGGAUACCGGGGGCCUGCAGUACGGUCCCGCCAACGAACUCCUGUGGCGGCACGCCAGGUCCAUGCAGGUCUCCAACCUCCGCUACAGCCCCCUGUCGGAGCCCUUCUUGCUACUGCCUGAGAUCAGCACCCAGCAGCUGCUGCUACAGCCGGAUCAGUUGCUAAGGGCCCCAGGCGGCAAGGCGGAGGCGUCGGCCGCUGGAUCCAAAGACGAGGCCGCCGACGGAUCUGGAUCCUGCGAAGGCGGCGGGGGAUCUGGAUCUGGAUCCACGGCGCCGCUGCGUCAUGAGGUGUUGGUGGUCGCCGCAUCCACGGGGCGAGUUGAUUGCGUGGUGUGUUGGACCGAGUACGAGCUGUCGCCCGGUGUUUGGCUGUCGUACGCGCCGUACGAGCUGCAGGGUCGCUCCGAAGCUGCCGUACUGGCGCCCCACGUGUGGCAGCGAGUGCAGUACUUGUCCGCGAGGCCGGCAGUACAGGCGGGGGAUUCCCUGGUGCUACAGGUGACGCUGCCAGCUGCCAGUGACGAUCUGCGCGUCGAGUACGACGAAGACGUCACUGCCGUACAGCGUCUGCGUGGCCAGCAGAAACGGCCGCAAGCGUCCUCGGUGGUGGACGGUACGGCACCCGUACCGCCGGAAGUCGACCCGUUUCUGCCGGAGGGCGAACCGCUGCUAGCUCCGUCAGGGCGGUCGUCCGAACCGAGCGGGAAAGCGGCGGCAGCGGCGAAUGCAGGGUCAGCGGCGGCAGUAGCUGCGGCCAUGAGUCAAUCGGGGCUUAUCCUGCCGUACCACAUGAGCAUGUUGAACGACCGACAACGGACUCGUUGCUACGUGAAGGGCAUACGGGGAGCGGUGGAGGCGGCGCGGGAGGCACGUCAUCGCGACAGGCCGCCGCUGGUGGUCCUGGACGUGGGCUCGGGCACGGGGCUGCUGUCCCUGGUCGCGGCCAGGGCUGGGGCCGAGUGCGUCGAGUCCCUGGCAGCGCCCGACGCCGCCUACCUGCCAUCCGCCUUUCGGAUUGUGGCGGCGCUGGCACACAGCACAAUGCUGGCGGAGCGGCUACGGGAGGCGGAGGUGGACCUCCUCCGGGUGCCCGACUUGCUGCUGCUGACGGAGCCAGUCACCGUGGCGCAGCUCUUCCGCCGUCACGGCCCUGACGGCGAGGUGGUGCCGCCGCCGCCGGAGGCGGCGGCGGCUUCCUCCGCCACCGCCGCUGUCCCUACCUCUGCUAACUGUGUGUUAUAUUGGUUUGAAGCUGACUGUGGCGCUGGCGGCUGGCUGUCAACGCAGCCCGGCAGCUCAUGCACCUACUUCGGGCACUGGGUUCAAAACGUGCACUUCCUUGAGGAGCCGCUGCCGCUGCCCCCUUCGCUGCUGCUGCUUCCGGAAGGCGAGGAGGGGAAACAGGACGAGGAGGAUGAGGGGGUGGUUGGUAGUGUGCCGAGUACUGCAGACGUCGGUCGUAGCUGCAAUGCGGGGGGAGUCGGGGAAGCCCAUGGGGAGGUGGGGGGGGACGAGGGGGAGGUGCCUGUCGAGGGACUGCGUGUGCUGCUGAGUGCCGAGUGUACUUUGGACCGGGUCAAGAUGUCGGCAGAUUGGGUGCUGGAGCGACAGGGGGAGAGUGAGAGCGGAAGUGAAGAGGAGGAGGAGGAGGAGGAGGAGGAGAAGUGA